CGUGUUCUUCGAGUUCAGAUGGCAGAUAUGUUGGAAGGGUUUCUCUGCAAUCUCAUGUUUACUUCUUGAAGGCACUCCUUUCUCCCUUCUUCGAUCUAUUUCUUCUGGCACGCCUUUGUUACCUCCUGUUUCUUCGUCUCUCUUCUCUGAAGGGGAGAAACACUCUGUAAAAUUUUCUGCGUCCUGUAUGACGGUGCAGUCUACCGCAGAAAGGGUUGCUUCACAUCUCUGACGACAUGGUCUCCUCAGUGGGGGUAGCCUCUCUACGAUUUUCUCCUGUGUUCGUGAACUGCGGUGAGAGGUCACACUCUCUUUUGCAUGAACUGAGUGACUCUCUCUGGGGUAUUUGUUCACAACACGAGAAGGGAACUGAAGAAUGCCAGACGGCCGAAGCGGGUUUAGUUCUAGUUCAAGCAGAGACAUUGCGUGUCCACAUCGGUCGUUGUCCUGAGACAAGUCAUCUGCUUUAGAAACAGACGAGCAUGGCAGGAACGGCACUGCUCUGUCUCCUGAAUUUUUUCUUGUCUGCUCAUACUCCAGGUAUGGCGGAGACCCCCUUCCGUUUCCGAAUCUUCUGUCGGCUUUUUCAGCUUCCCUUGGGCUGGCGCGGAGAUCACCCGUCUCCAUUUCACUUUGAUGUGGCAACAAUCUUGAGCCAUUUUGCGAGGGACAGCACACGCGGCUUGUCUUGCGACACUGAAUCACUAGCAUUCUCCGGAGAACUAACAUUUACACGGCUUCCGGGUACGGUGCGGCAAAACUCAACCGCGAGACACCUACAGCCACAUGGGCGCCCCACGAAGGUGUUCAUCAGAAUAAGCGUUCACACAAAAACGCCUUCCACAAAAAGAAGUAAUGGAUAAAUUGCAUCUUCCGGGGCCUUCACACUGAUGUAUACACAUGCGAUGGUAAGAUACACCGAUGGUGAUGAUCGCGUUGGUUACAUAUUUCGAGGGUGGGGAACCAGCACCUGUCACUCCACCGGAGUACUGUGUCGCAUCCCUUGGUGUCUGUAUAUCUAGUGGAGGUCUCCCCUAACGCAUACUUCCCAAAUGUACUACAUUCGUUGUCUAGCUACCCUCUCUCAGCAUGGCACCCGGAAAGCAAAAGCGAAAGACGUGACCUUUCAAGUGGAAGGUGCGUCAUCUCAGACGGAAGGAAUUUGCCUUUCUGCACCUCCGCCGGCUGUACGCAGGGCAUUGUGCCUUCCGUGUGAGGAGCAAUAUUUCUUCUUUCGGGCCAUGCUUUCUAAAGAAGAGGCUUUUUCCUUGUUCGAUACAGAGUAGUUCUUCCGACACAUCUGUGGUUCACGAUCUGAGAGAAAUUUGUGUCACCAGUGAAUGCUCAGGAUCUUGCUCGUGCUCAGUGCUUGAUCUAGUUUCCACCAUCCAAUCAGAACGGCGAAAUAAUUUCGUGUUACGUUUGUUCAAAAGCAGUGUGCUAUGGUAUUUGAGGGAAAAGCUGCACCAGUCUAGUUAGUCCCACAGUCUUUUAGCAUGGAUACUAUCCACCAAUAACAAGCAGAAAAACAGUUAUUCCCGUAGACGACGGAGAGGGUAACUCGAGACAGAAGUGAAACAAAGAGACGAUGAAGAUGUGUGUCCACAGAUCGGCGUUAUCAAGUCGCCUAACCAAAGUUGCAGAUCAUCCAUUGUUGUAAUUCAAAGAAAACACAACCAGCCUGCUGACAUGUUAGAUUUUUCUGAAGCAGGGGCGUCCUGCUGCGUGAAACAAGCUCUGCAUCUGUGCUUGUGGGAGGUGACUUUUCCUUCGCAGUGCGUGCGCAAACCCCAAUUCGGUUUCAGUCGUUUCGUCUUUCUCCACCACAACAGUUUCCUG